AUGACCAAAGGCUGCUACACUUGCCGACGGCGUCGCAUCAUCUGCGAUAAUGGCCUGCCCACCUGUCGGAAGUGUCGCGAUGCGGGGAAGGAAUGUCUGGGCUAUCAGAAGCCGCUGGUAUGGGUGAAAGGUGGUGUGGCGAGCCGCGGCAAGAUGAUGGGGAGGAGCUUCGAUGAGGUGAAUAAAUCUGCGCCGGGGACGAACACACAAGCUCAAGCUCAAUCUCCUCCCGCUGAAGCUCUCGCUGCGGUGGCCCGGACUGUUUUCUUUCCGCACGAGUCUUCGUCCGACGCUGAUAGCUCUGCAAGCUAUGUUAGUCCGGAGACCGAUGCAUGGAUUCACGGGACUGCGAAGGAUGUUACCGAAACCGAAGGAACACGGUCUGCCCCAGAGCAGCCGGAAACUAGGCUGGUUCACGUUCCUCAAGGUUCACCCCCAGCCGAGUAUAUUCCCGCGCCGUGGGGAUUGGUAGAUCCACUGCUCAAGGAUCUAAGCCCAGCUUCAAGGUUUUACAUCUUUCAUUCGGGACAUGCCACUAAUGACAAUCCAGACAACCAGCAUGUCGUGAGCGACUUUUCCCUAUAUACCCAGGUCAAAAAUCCCUACCGGGACCUCCUCGCCGUCGUGGGCAGCUCUGCCGUUCUCAGCCACGGUCUCUCCGCGAUGGGGGCUCUACACUACUCCCUGCUCUCGGACUGGGACUCUUCCGUGAUGCCAUGGUCAUCCGAUAAUCAAUUGGCGAACGGCUCGCCGAUGUCUCCCGAGGAGAUUGAAAACGCCAUCAUGCCGGCGGCAUCUCGACGGCCGUCCUCAAAGGCAUACGAACAUUUUCUGGAAUACAAGCAGCGCGCUCUCAAGCAGCUGGCUAUGGAUCUAUCCAAUCCCAUGAUGCAGAAGGAUGACAGGACCCUGGCUGCCAUUGUUGUUCUGGCUCUCUUGGAUCUGUACGAGUCAGGCAGUGGAGCGUGGAGCUACCACAUUGAGGGGGCAAAGAACCUCCUCAAAAGUCGACCCGACACCCAGCUGGGACAAGGAAUCAUUGAAGGGCUGGACACUUUUGCUAUUGACGGGUGCUUAAUCAUGGAGAUUAUGGGAUCUACACUAGCUCGUCCCGGCGCCCUCUCCAAGCCCUUCUACUCUUCCUCCAUGGGCCCCGCCAUCCUCAAACGCCUCGAAGAAACUUCAUGGGUUGGCUGUCCCGCUUACCUCCUCGAAGUGAUCUUCUUCGUGCACGCCCUCUGGUACCCGGACUCGGAGUCAAGCACGACAACCACCCCCCAACCCUCAGCCCUUCCAUCCUUCCAACCCGGCCAACCCUUCACGCUCGACUCCUUCUCCGCUCUCCUCCAAGGCAUCCGCAACUUCGACCCCAUAUCCUGGGCCGAGGAGAUGCAAGCCUUUUUCUUCAUCGACGAUCUUUCCUCCCGCGUCGCCCUCGCAACGGCCUACCAAGCCGCCGUCUACCUCUACACAAGCCGCGUCCUCUCCCGCACAAGAGCGGGCUUUGACCCGCCCUGGACAGACGUCGGUCUCCCCUCCGACCACGCCUCCGUCGCAACAGAUCUCAUCACCCAGAUCUGUCUCGUCCCCCAAUCCGACCCGCACUUCAAGUGCCUCAUCUGGCCUACCUUCAUCGCAGGCGCCGAGUCCCGCCGCCCCUCGCAGCGUGCCCUCAUUCUCGAGAAACUGGGUACCCUCUACGGCGCCGUGACGAGUGUCAACGUCCGCAACGCGGCGUGGGUUCUGCGUCUGAUGUGGCAGAACCAUGAUUUCAAACACCGCCAGCGCCGCGAGGGCGAUUCAGAUCUUCCUUCGGAUGUCGUGGAGGAGCAGUUUCUGGAUGGCUCUGAUAUGCCCAUUCUGAAUGCUGACGGUGGCGGGGAUGGUGAUGAUAAUGAUGAAUAUGAUAACUCCUUUGAUUGGGUUGACGAGUUGGAUCAGUCGCGUCUGGACUGGCUGUUUAUAUGA